AUGGAUAUGGGUGGUCUGAUUACUUAUAUAUCGAAUAGUUCAACAUCCAUCAAUGAUGGACCGAUCGCUCAUCUUGAUCAUAUGUUAAAUAGUCUUCAUGAUGAUCAAUCAGCAACACGAAUAUCAGCGGAUGCAUUUGAUAAUAAAUCGCAUCGAAUGAGUCAUCGAUCGAAUUCAUCGAGAACGACGAUCACAGAUGGAAAAAUUGUUGAAUGUUCAUCAGAAAAUUCAAUCGUCUACCGAUAUUAUAUAGGAGAAUCAAGUUCAGUCAUCGACGAACAUUUUGAUAAAGCACUCAAGCAGCCAAUAUCUUUCAAUUCAACGAGAUCAAUACCAACACGAGAUCCUCGAACAUCAUCGUACGGUUAUUCAACUAUGAUGAAUCCAUCGAGUAGUUUUUGGCCGACUUUUAUGACAUCUCCAUCAUCGUAUCCUCAUCCAACAUAUCUUCCAACAUCACAAAAUGACUAUACCGAUUGGAUGCAUCAUCAUCAUACUUAUCGUUCACCUUAUCCAACAACUCCAACAGCAACAGCAGCAACUCCAACUUCAUCAUCAUCAUCAUCAACAAUGUCAAACAAUCAUUUACAUCCAAUUGGAUCACCAAAUAAUACCAAUAAUAACAAUAAUAAUACAGGACGUUAUCAUCAUCAUACACCACCCGAUAUGGAUGUUGUUACAGCAGCAGCUAUUGGAGCUGCGGCCGCUGCACAAAUGUUUCAUCAUGAAAAACAAUCUCAUCAUGCUUAUACACCAACAUCUCACCAUUUCGAUUAUCAUCUUGGAGGAUCAAUGAUGGCUACUGCAUCCUACGCAUUUCCAAGUCAAAGUUUUGAUUUAAUGGGUACCAAUACACCACCGAUUGGUUUAGAAAAUCCCAAUAUGAAAGAUUCAACCGCGUCACCACCGUGGUAUUCAAAUCAUCAUCUGUCUUGCUAA